CAUCGAAAAAACGAGAGUUUUCUUCAGUCCCUGAGCUGAGAGAGACAGUCAGGCCGCCGUGAACUCUUCCGAGGCCGGAUGGUCAAAUCCAACCUCCAGCGGAUCCUCAACAGUCAUUGUUUCGCCCGUGAAAAAGAAGGAAAACCUCAGUGUCAAAGCCAAAUGGAUGCUUUAAAUCGUAACACUCUUUCUGACAUGAUUAGCAAUCUGUCUCUUAGUUGUAGUAGUACUCCUGGUCCUGGGCCUCUGUGGUGUUCCGAUGCCCCUCUCCCACCCCUGAAGAUCCCAGGUGGGCGAGGGAAUGGCACACGGGAUCACUCUCCCUCAGCUCGGCCACUCUACACGGACAGGAAGUUAAGUGUGAUCGAACGUCCUGCAGGAGGUGGCCGACCGGCGACUCUGCACUUCCUCAGCCGUCCCACUGUCUCUCAUGAGAUUAGCUGGGAUGCAGUUGUUCGCGGUGAAGCCCUUUACGUAGAGAUUCCUCGCGAGCCAUUUCCAGAGGGCAGCAAGGAGAGCUUUGCAUCUCUGCUGGAGUUUGCUGAAGAACACCUAAAGGUCAACAGCGUGUAUGUUUGCUUUUACAAGAACAGAGAAGAUCGUGCUAAGUUGGUGCGUACGUUUAGUUUCCUGGGCUUUGAGGUUGUGAGUCCGGGCCGUUCUCCUGUCCCUCCUCGACCUGAUGUUUUCUUCAUGGCCUACAACUUCGAUAGAGACACAUCCGAUGAAGAUUAGACUCCUCCUUCCCAUUCCUUAUUUCACAUCUUUUAUUUAAUUUUUUCCGUCAUUUUUCACAUCACUGCUUUUGUUACUUGUAAUAGAGCCGAUUUAUUGAUGUAAUGCGGGCUGACAUUAUUCCUGUCAUUUAUCAUUCCUUCAUCUUGAGCCUUUUUUUUUUUUUUUUUUUUACGUUUUCAUCUAUAUUAUAAUCCUGUUUAAGAGAAAAUCAUUAGUAUGUUGUAAUUCUCAGAGCUAUAAAAAUCUGUUUGCUUUAUUUUGAAUGUACAUCAAAGGUCAUUCGGUUUACACUGUUUAUUUUAGGUACUGUUCAAUGCUUCAAUUUGUUUGGCUUUAAGAUUAAAAGUGAGUUUUAAAAUUUUGUAAGUCAGAGAAAAAGUGUAAUGAUUUUGUAAGUUCUGAUGCUCGGUGCUUCAUAGCCGAGUCGAACUAGAAAGUAAGCUUUGUAGGGCAUAAAGGUGUAAGUGCUAAAGCUUCUGCCAAUUGAGUGACGAUCCUGUUGGGUGAAAAUUGGUACGAUGCCAAAGUGGACUUAAUGCCUGCUCUUUGCCUCUGCGUUUUUGUGAAUCAUAUAACUUGCAUUUGAUGAAAAUCGCCAUCCCUGUCAUGGUUUGCCUCUGUUGAUGUUUCCAGCUUUAGUGUUGUGCUUACGUGAGAAAUAAAAUGGAUUUAAAAUAAAA